AUGGAUUUCCCACGAGGACUGCCCGAUAAUCCGGCGCAGGCCCGUCGGGCAAUCGCUGCCGCAGCACUCGCCAACCCGACACCGCCGCCUCCGGUCCCGAGCCUUCGUGAUGUGCCCUCUUCUUCGAACCUCUCGGCGGGGCAGCCCAUCUCCCCGAACCAGGUGCUUGCCGUGGCGAGAGAGGCGAUGCGGACGGCCCACGAAAAUGAGGCCAAGGCAGCCGAGGCCAGCGGGGUCAGCAACACCCUCAAACCCGGCCUCACCAUCGACCUGAGCAGGAAAAAGAUCCAAAUGCUGCCGGAGGAAAUCGUGGACGUGCUGACCGAGCGAUUUCAGCUCUGCGAUCUGAAAUCGCUCGAAAUUCUCGAUCUGGGUCGGAACAUGUUGCAGGUUCUGCCACCCGAGAUCGUCAAGCUGUCGUCCCUCAAAGUUCUCUCAAUUCCGAAAAACAAGAUCACACAUCUGCCACUCUGCCUCGCCGACAUGCCGUCGUUAUCCGUGGUAAAGCUGGAGGGUAAUCCGUUGAAAUAUCCUCCGCCAGAAAUACUACAAGUGCAGGGAACGGGAGGUCAGGGUGAUGGGCCAGGGAGGGAGACCGAGAUGACCGAAGUCGCCGCCACGGCGGUAAUUAAGAAGUUCCUAAAGCAAGAAGCCAGCGGUCGUGCGGACUCGCCUGGUAACAGCGGGUCGGAGGGGACCGAAACCCCGCGUCCAACGAUCAAGCGAGUCUUUAGUGGCAGAUUCCCGAUCAAGGUCAACGGGAGCGACAUCACCGAUCUCCGUUCCCCCGCUCUCCCCCGACCCCCACCGAUUCCGACCCGCUCACACUACCGUGGGCUCUCGCAACAAAACACGGCGCAGCGCAGGCCGGGAGUCAUGCCGCUGACCAUCGGCAACCCCAACGAGCGGGUGCGCAGCAACUCGGAGACCAUCAUUCAAACUUCGAGCCGAGACCGAUCCGAGAGCAGAUCGCGCCGCAUGGGCAUGGUGUCGAAGAGGUCGGAGCUGAGCACGCUCGAGGAGAUCGAGGUCAACAACCGGUUCAGCCAUUACCGCGGGCUCAGCCAUGGUUCGGCGAUGCAGAGCAAUGGGGCAUCUAUGCAGGUCAAGAGCCCCAACAUGGGUAGCCCUGCCGAGUCGGCGUUGCAGCGGCCCGUAUACAUCCGCAGGCUCUCUAUUUUGCCAGAGAGGAAACGCGAUUCCAAGGCCUUUGACCCGGUGCUGGAAGCUGCCAAGGGCAUCCUUUACUCCAUCUUCCAGAUUCACCCCAUGAUCCAGGCGUUAUUGGUCGGUCUUACCAACGACGGCACAUCGCGCCGAUCGAACCUGGAGAUCGUCUUUUACAACACAAACGCCCAUGUCGAGCAGCUAGAACUCGAGAUCCAGCAGCAUGACCAGGCAGACGACAAGUUCGGCCAAAAAGAAAACGAAAACGUGCAGAGGGCGUGUCUCACACUCAUCAACGCCUAUACACAUGUGUGUUCGUUGUUGAUGAGCAAUGUUGACCUGUUUUUGGAUAACGGCGACCCGCGAUAUAUCCGCACCCUGUUGACGCAGCUCUAUAAUAGCAUAAUGGAGCUGCGCGUAACUUGUACCCAGCUGGCGGCCGAGGGUACUCAUCGGUCCGUUCCGUCCUUCAGCCGACCUGAUUUGGGGGAGACGAUUCGGCCUCAUUCGCGCGAGAACUCGGUCACGCCGACAGCCGAUCGAAUUUUGAAUAGAUCUCGAAACGGCACCUUUGUUUAUAACCCGAGCAACUUACGUGUUGCUACAGAUGUCUCGAUUCCCUACAUCAACGGCACAGGCCGGUCGGCGAUGGUAGGGGCCGCCACACCGCGGUCGGGCGAGUCAUUCGCCUCUACCAGCACGACUGGCACGCGGAAUCUGUCGGCGGACUUCACCGAAGAAGACCGCCUGUUCGAGAGAAUAUUCCUCUCCCUCCACAAAACAACAGAACUGGUCAUGCAGGUCUUGCCAACCAUGAACACGCAGUUCAUGUCUUCGAUGCGGACCACCACCACCCAGCGCUCGCCCGAUCACCUCAUCCAGUGCUGGAAGGCGCUCGUGGCUAAGUGUAACACGUCGAUCCAGCAGACCGAAGUCCUCAAAGCCCGGCUAUCCUCCAUCAAGCUCAAGGAGCCCGGCAUCCGCACGCAGCCGUCCUUCUGGCGCCUCUGCAACAGCUUCAUCGACUCGUGGUACGUGCUGAUCAAGAAGAUCAUGCAGCUGCAGAACGACGUGCAGCUGCCCCUCGACACCAAGGCCCGCCUGCGGCCCAUCCAAAAGAGCAUGAAGGACACGUGCGACCUGAUGAUGUCGUCCCCCUGGUCCUACUUUUUGCGCCACCCGGGCUCCGAGCCCAUCACCUCGCCCUACAUCGCCGCCCAAACCGCCACCGCCCCCGUCCAGAUGCCCAUGACGCCGCAGAGCGCCGCCCUCGGCCCGGCCGUCCAGGCUACUGUCCCGUCCACGCCGCAGAGUGCCUCGUUCUCGCUGGCGUUUUCGGGCGUGUUUGAGCGCGACCGCUCCGAUACGAUGCUCUCGUUGAUGGGCGGUAGUGGGGGUGGCGGUAGCGGAGGGGGAGGGGGAGGUGGUGGUGGUGGCAGUUUUGGCGGGGGGUUCAAUGGCGUGUCGUCGCGUAGCGGGACGAUGAAUUCGAGCUCGACGGCGAGCUUGACGGCGUCGAGCUUGAAUUCUAUGAGUAGUCUUGGCUCGCAUGACGGUAUUGUUACGCCGAGCUCGGCGCUCAGUCCGUCGGGACCGUUGGGGCCGUUGCCGUUUCGGUUGAACGGUGGGGGGAAUAUGAAGAAAAACCGAGAAGUAAACACAACCAUCGCGAUGCCGUCCGCCGCAGCGCCAAUUCGGCUCACACCGGCUUCCAUCAGCCGGGGGCAACCCUCUGCGCCGUCCGUCACCAACACGACAGCGACAGCGUCUUCGCCUACAUUUACGAGCAAUUUGCAGGCGAGCGGCAGCUCCAAGCCAGCCAGCCUCUUUUCGUCUCUCCUUUCCGGCUCCACCUCCAGCAAACCAAAGCCGAAGCCGAGGCCUUUCAACCCCUCCAGCGCUCCGUCCAUUGCUUCUUCUUCUGUCUCUGUUUCUGUCUCAACCUCUACUGCGGCGCGAGUCCACUCACCUCCGGCCUCCUCCUCCAGCAGGGCCGCCACCAUCGCCUCCACCUCCACCACCACCCCAAGCACCACCUCCCGCAACACCACCAGCACCACCACCACCACAGCAACCCACCCGCCAACCUCCUCACAGCUAACAAGCACCACCACCACCACUGCCGCCACCACCCUCCCCACCCACCCCAACCUGCACCCCCCCAACCACCCCGCCAUCCCCAUCCAACCGCAACCAACCCACCCCCAACCCUCCGAAAUCACCCAAGCGCGGCACGCGAUCCUCGCCUCCAUCGGCAACCAGCUCGACCGCGAACUCGGCACACGCGCGGCACAACUACACGCCAACAACGCGGCCAUCGAGCGGCAGGAGCGGGAGGUGGCGCGGGCGACGGCGGGCCUGGCGCGCGAGAACGAGCGGCUGGGCCGGCUGGCGGAGACGCAUGCGCGGAGGGUGAAGGAGAUUGGGAAUGUGCAGAAUUGGGCGGAGAUGUUGGAGAGGGAGUUUGUGAUUUUGGAGGAGACUUUGAGGUUGGUGGGUGGUGGUGGCGGUGGUGGUGAAGGGGGGGGUUCUGAUGGGGAGGAGAGUGGGAGUGGAGAGUGA